AUGCAACAAGAAACCGAAAGUUGUGUUUUGGACGAAGAUCCAUUGGAGGUAAGCAAUGAAAAAAGCGAAAACAAAUCGCCGCACGUGAGAGCUAUCCACCCAAGCAAGGAUCUAAAUAGAUAUAUAGUGGACAAGUUCCAUCAACCUACAGCCAAAUCAAAGGCCGCUCCUUUUGAAGCCAUCGAUCUUUCCAUCUAUAAACCUUCAGCUAGAUGCCUUGCUUUCUCGACAUCUGAAGAUCGCCUGUUAUUAUGGAUUGUAGCUUUCCAAUUUCGCUAUUAUGAAAUAACCGGAAAUGGAACCGAUUAUACUGUGAUAUGGGAAGAGCAAGACAACCCAAGCUCAACCUCGAAGUGCGAUAAAAUCUGUAUUCAUCUUUCAAUGAAUACAUCCACUGGCGAAGAAAAAUUGGUAACCAUUACAGUUUUUGGUACAACUGGGAGGAUCCUCGUGCAAGGGAAAAAAUAUGAUGAAUGGAGCAAAUUCGAAUUUCCGGUGAUUCUGAAAAUUGUCAACACUCUCAGCGAUCUUCAACCUCUCUCUUCACUCUCUUCAGUUGGAGAUGUUUCUCUCUUUGGAGCCUCGCUUCAAAACUUUUUUACGAACUUCAUAACAUUUGUCAGAGAUGAUGACAUCCCAUCAUCAAAUAAUUUGGAUGCCGAACUUCCCUCAACAACCAAACCGGAAGCUUUAUCGCCAACUGAAACACUAACAAUCUCCCCAACCCGUUUAAAGACAAUCUCAUCCAUGCGAGACACACUCGGGCAGCUAGAGGCAGAUUUUACAGAAUUUCAUAUGACCACUACCGGGGAUUUGGAACAGCUAAAAGACAAAACCGUUAAACAAGAUCACUUAAUUAAGCUACAAAAACAAUCAUCUGACGAUCUACUCAAUGAUUUUUCCUCGCAGAUUACAUCACUCCAAAAAAUAGUCUCUCAACAAUCAAGCAUCAUUAAAAAAUUGCAAGAUGAAAACCAGAUCCUCCACAAGAAACACGUACAAAUUGACAAAGCAAAUCAGGCCCUGCAAGAAUCACAAAAUAAUCUGAUGACAGAAAUUAAUUUCCUUAAAGAACAAAUGACAGCGCUUUGGCAAAACUCGAAGGAACCUGACCCCCCCAGCCCUUCCUCACAACCCGAGUCUUCUUGCUCCGAAAACACUUCUGACAGCGAACAAAAAAAUACGGACUGUGAGGCAUCUCGACUACCCAUCGCAGCUCAAAAGCUUACAGUAAAUAUUCCCACGGAAAACAGGUUUUCGCUGCUCCAGAAUUGUGACACAUCUGACAGCUUAUCCAACACACAGCAAGAAAUUGUCCCGGAGACAAACACAGAAAAUAUGACUCCACCUACUCCACAAGACAUCGCGCCACCGCCGAACCAAGCAUCAGUAAACAAUAAAGCCGUUUUUCUGUGCGAUUCGAAUGGAAAAUUUAUCGACAAAAGAAAGCUUUUUCAGCCAACACAAGAUUUCACAUUCUUCAGAUGUCCCAAAAUUGAACACGCAAGGGCUAUUUUACAAGAUGAAAUUGAUAAAGAAUCGGCUGGACAUCCUCAAUUAAUCAUCAUCCACACCGGAACAAAUGAUCUUACUACAACCACGCCAAUAGACGACUUCAUCUCUGAUAUAUCUGUAUUAAUCACUCAAGCAUCUACAAAGUUCCCAAAGACCAAAAUCGUUUAUUCAACUCUCUUGCCGCGAACUGACAUUCCCCUGCAUACUUUAUCCAAAAUAAACACAAACCUUAUUGACAGCUGCUCAAAACUACCAAACGUCCAUCUAGUCAAUCAUGACAAUAUCUUCUCCAAGGGAACUGAAGUGUUGCAUGACAGAAAACAUCUUAAAAAAAGACACCUUGGUUUGUUCGCAGCAAACUUAAAAGCAGCCAUUCGUGGUAGAGGAAAACCACCUCGCGCCAACUCCAACCAAUUGUACCGAUCCUCACUCUCUUCGCCGCACUCGUUUCACACUAGCCCUUCGGAAGGCUAUCCUCCCUCCAGCAAUGGUGUUCGGAACAUACACAGCCAAGUCCACCAAACUUCGCGGCAGCAACAACCUUUACCUUCCCGUUUCCCAUAUACAACUUCCUCGCGAGAUGCCUCUUAUAGUAAUGCUGUUAAAAACGGUCACAACACCUACAACAUUCCGCAAUCACCGCAACAGCAACAGAACUUUCCGCCGCAACACUACAAUGUACAGAGCUUCUCACCGUCUCACUUAG